CUGGUUCAACAAUAUCGCUAAAGUGUGGAACAGGUUCCGGUUCUGGCCCUAGAACCGAAUCGAGCCGAACCGUGGCACCAGCUUGACGGAUUUUCUCCCUGUAUCAGCACCCGAUAACUCAACACUCCCAUCUUAGGUUUAGCAGUCUCCCCGUCCUGAAUUGGAACACCAAGGGUCGAUGGACCCCUCAGGAAAUCUCGGUGCAGGAGAAAAAAAAGGCUUUACGUCUCUUGCUCAUCACAUAUUCCAGGACAAUCACGUCGCCCAUACUCUCCCUCCUCUCUUUGAGCCUAAGUCUGCCGCCACUACUGUUGAGCGUGAAGUCAAUAAUGGCACAAAGUACGGGGUAAUUGAGGGCGCAGAGGGCAGUGUCAAUAAAGAGGUGCCACUUGGAAGCCCAUCUAUUAAUAGAGAGCCCGUUAUUGAAAGCGGAGAGGAUGUAUCCAACUUUGUCAUCGAUGACCGUGACGAUGGAGACCCAGCGGUAACCUUCAGAUCGUUUGUGCUUGGGACCAUCAUCGCGGGAUUAGGUGCGGCGUUGGCUCAGAUUUACAUCUUUAAACCAACAGAUGUUACCGUCUCCGGAAUCUUCUUGAUGCUCAUCAUCUACACUUCCGGCAAUGUAUGGGCGAAUCUCUUUCCCCAGGCUCAUUUCUUCGAGAAGCGAGGCUGGAGCCGUGCGGCGAGAGUUUUCACAUUUGUAAACCCUGGCCCGUUUGGCCUUAAGGAGCAUGUCAUCGCUACGGUAAUCUCCUCAAGUGCUUCCGGAACCUCGACCGCAGUGCAAAACUUCGCUGUCCAGAAACUCUUCUACAGUGCUAACGUGAACGCAACGACAGCCGUACUUGCUACUUUCAGUACUGGCAUGUUUGGAUACGGACUUGUUGGUUUAUUAAGACCUCUAACAGUAUACCCUGCCGAGAUGGUAUACUGGGGUCAACUCCCCAUCGUUACAGUAUUCCAAUCUCUCCACUGGGACAAGAAAUCGGCGAGGAAGCGCCUUAAGCUUUUCUGGACUGCGUUUACGGGAAUAGCCCUUUGGGAAGUCUUCCCUGCGUACAUAUUCCCGACGCUUAACGGUGUAUCACUCUUCUGCAUCGCCUCGGUGACAGCACCGACCAAUAUCCGAACUGUCUUCAUGCAUAUCUUUGGAGGUGGGAACGCUAACGAGGGUCUUGGACUGGGCUCUCUGAGCCUUGAUUGGCAGUAUAUUGGAAGCGAGUUCAUGUCCAAGCAAAUUCGUGGGUUGGUUAUGCAAUUUGUUACGCCGCCAUGGCAGGAAUCUAUUUCGGAAACGUGUGGAACGCAAGUCAUUUUCCAAUCUGCAAAGAACUACCCUAUGUUGUCAACCUCUAUUUUCAACCUUCAGGGGGACCGUUACAACCAAACUUUCGUUUUCGGAACGAAGUUUCAGCUUAACGAAACUGCACUGGCCAUCGAGGGAUUACCUCAGCUUACAGGCACAACCGUUUGGACGUACAUGACUUCUUGUUGGUCUAGAAAUUGGAGCAAUACAACGGGUCCGCACUUAACGCAGAUCGGGGGUCUGAUCGCGCAUUGCAUGCUUUUCUGGCGUGGAUACGUGUGGGACUCGUUUAAACUUUCCAAGACGGGCAAGCAGCCAGACAGGCACUGGAUCGCAAUGCAGAAGUACGAAGAAGUGGAGUGGUGGUGGUACAUUAUAUUGCUUGCACUCGCUUUCUUUGCCGGUCUUAUUGUGAUCAUCAAGGGGAAUACAACUCUCCCUUGGUAUGGCUACAUUAUUGCGCUCCUCGGGUCAUUUGUUACACCGUUCUCAAACUUGUUGUACGCUCGACUUGGAAACGGUAUCGCCACGAAUCAAUUGAUGAAAAUGGUUGCUGGUGCUUUACAUCCUGGAAAACCCGUGUCCAACUUGUACUUCUCCAUGUGGAGCCACGACGUUGUUGGUGCUUCGAUCGGCCUUGCAGGCGAUUUGAAAAUGGGCCAGUACCUCAAGAUUCCUCCGCGCGCUCUUUUCAUGGCACAAAUCUGGGGUACCCUCCUAGGUGCAUUCAUCAAUUAUGCCGUCAUGACCUCUAUCAUCGACUCUCAAAAAGACACACUUCUUGAUCCGAUUGGCACAAAUGUCUGGAGUGGGGCGACUGUCCAAAGUUUGAACUCAGCUGCCGUUACGUGGAGUUUGGCGGGAAAGAUCUACGGAGCUAGUGGUCCAUAUGUUUGGAAAUGGCUGCUGUGCAGCCCUGACCUUGCUUAUGAUAAGGCUUUUGCAUGUGAAGUUAGCGGAACAGGAAUGUUUUCUGCCAACAUCAUUGAUCUUUCCAUCAAACUGGUGUUCUUUUCCCUUUUCUUUUUGUCUGCCAUGAGCACGCUACAUUCACCAUUACCUGCCACCAGUUAG